AUGAAUGAUAAUAUUGAACAAGAUUUAUCAAAUACUAAUUCGACAAAUGGUUAUGUUCGUCUUUCAACUGAUGAUAAUCAAAUAAAUCGAAACUAUGUCAUUUUAACUUACAAACAAAUUUUAACUGUUGUUUCAUGUGUAUUAACAAUAAUUAUUCUUUUAUUGGUUACAAUUGUGAUCAUCUUUGUCAAAACAAACAAUCAAACUAUUUAUACAACAUAUAACACAACAUCGGGAACAACAAUAACAACAACAGAAACAUCAACAAUAGAAUUAACAACAUCAACAAAAACAACAACUAAAAUUUUAUCAAAAAUUGAAACAUCAACAACGCAAAGUGUAUUAUCAUCAUCUUGUCCCAUUCCAAUUACGAACGCUGAAUGGAACCAAAAAAGUAUUAUUUUUGUAAAUCCUCUUGCUCGGUGUCUUUUAAAUGAAAAUGGACUUUGUCGACCACAAGAUUUAUUUAUUGAUAAUAUGCAUGAUAAUCUUUAUGUUGUUGAUACACAGAAUAAUCGUAUACAAAAAUAUUCAUUAACUGAACCAUAUGAUCCACAACAAGGUGCAGUUGGUCUAACUGUUGCUUCGAAAAAUCUUAUUGAACCUCAAAGUAUAUUUGUUGAUAAUGAAACAGAAGAUAUGUAUAUAUUAGAUCAUAUAACUAAAAUAACACAACGAUCAUUUGAUUCAGGUUAUCGUGUUCAUUUAUGGAAAAAAAAUGAUCAAACUGGAAGAAUAUUAUUUAGUGAAGUAGUAGGUGAAUAUGGAUUUGGAAAGAAUCAAGCAUCAUACCUAACAUUAGAUAAAGAAAUGAAUAUUUAUGUUGGAACAAAAUUUUAUAUAAAAAAAUGGUUAUUUUCAAGUAAUUAUACUAAAAAAAUGCACGUAGCAGGAAAGACUGGAGCAGAAGCAAGUGGCCCAAGUGAUUUAUGGGAUCCGUAUGCCUUUUAUGUUGAUGACGAUUUAACAUUAUACAUUGCUGAUUGGCAAAAUAAACGAAUUCAAAAAUGGUUAUUUAAUGCAACUGAAGGUAUUACUCUUGCAAGUAAUUUACUAUAUGUUUAUGGAUUAACAAUGGGUUGUAAUGGAUAUCUUUAUUAUACUGAUGUUUAUGAUCACUCAAUAUUUCAAUUAAAUUUAAAGAAUAAUGAGAAAACAAGAGUUAUUGGUGAUGGAAGUCAGAGGCCUCUAAAGAAAAUGCUAUUUGCAACGGUGAUGAAAUUUGAUAAAUUUGGAAAUAUUUUCGUCAUCGAUAGUGAUUCGGGAUAUCGAAUACGGAAAUUUUCGAUUAUACAAAAAUAA